UCGCAAAUCAGACGUGUUUUAAAUCUUAAUUGUAGGGUUGAAAAGUAAGCCAUAUGGCAACCUCAGUGAAAUGAAACUGAAGCUUCUCAAAUUUCAGAUUAAACAAACACGUUCACUCACUGCAAGCUGACUGUCUUUAAACACACGACCAUUUUGACACUGUGGGUCUUGUAUUCUUGAGAAAUGGCCACCUCAUUUACCACAGACACUCAUGGUGUCAGGGUGGUGACCCAGAUCAUCCCACUGAUGAGUCCAGAGCCUGUCCACUUUCCCAGUGAGAAGAAAAACAACAAGACUAAAAUACCUGAAGCACCCUACAUGACCAGGAUGUUCCUGAAGGGAGAACCUGUAGCAUUAGGGACUGUGCAGAUCAUGAUUGGGAUCGUAAUGAUGGCUAUGGGAGCCAUUACUUGGUUUACACAAACUCUGUUUGGUGAAAUCCCUCUUGGCCUUGGACUCUCAUUUAUCAUCUCUGGAUCUGUAACCUUGGGUUCAUACAAGGGAACCUUUCGUCCAAUUAUUAAAAGUGCAGUUGUUGUGAACAUCAUCAGUGUUCUGCUGGCCUUGUCCGGUAUCUGCUACUUUUGCUUUGCAUUUACUGUCCAACCUGAUUUGAAUCCCUGUAAAGGCACAGGUGACACUUACUACACCAGGUACUAUGACUGCCAAUAUGUAGCUGAGAAACUGAAGGAUAUAAUAAGUGGAAUAAAGGGCAUACUGUUGAUUUUGUCCAUGCUGGAGGUGUGUGUGUGUACAACAACUAUCGUCUUUUCUUGCAAGGCUAAUAUACAAGCCUCUGGGACCAAACUGGAGGAGGUGGUGCAGGGGAAAUGCAGCAGCCAAGAUGCUCUACUAAACACAAAAGUGGCUUCACCUCCAGUUUAUGAGCCCUGAGUGAACUCAUGAUUAUAAAAGCACUUAAUUGUGAAGAGUAUAGUAUUGUCUAGCCUAGAAAAGUACUUGCACCUUUUUGAACACUAAAGUAAUUCACAAAUACAAUAAACUGAUAUUGCACUUAAGUUUCAUGUAUUCUGCUUUUGACAUUGCACAAAUUGAUAUAACAUUUGAUAUAACCAUUGAAACUGCCUGCUGAUAUUCUGCAUGGUUGUAUUUUUCAAUAAAUCCAGAAGUGUAUCAAA